CCAAAGCCAAAUUCAUUCAUUCUAAAAGAAAAAGGAAAAAAAAAAAUUCCAUUGCUCCAACAAAAUAUUACUACUUGAAUUUUGGAAUAGUAGAAGUGGAUCCAAGUUCUUCUCUGUAAUGGCUGAAGAAUCCGAAGCACCGUCGUCUACCUCACAACCGAGUUCCUCCCCCGACAGUGGAAAAAAAUCCCAGGUUCCAGGAUAUUCUGGUCUCGCAGCUUUUCAAAAUGGUGAUUUGCAGAUGUUUCCAGUUAUGUAUCCUGCAAUUAUCCCAGGUUUAACUUCAUUACAAAAUCAGGAACAGACAAACCGUGGAGCAGGCAUUUAUGCUGUGCCCGUUCUACCCUUUAUGGGGCAUAUUGCUGGACUUCCGUCUAAUACUCUCAUUCCUCUCACCUAUAAUAUACCUACUCGGCCUGCUGCGGAGGCAGGGGCAGCAGUUGAUGAACAAGGGCAAGGAGCACAACAACCGCAACGUCAACAGCAGCAGGGAGGACCUCAGAGACAAGUUGUUGUAAGAAGAUUCCAAAUUGCAUUUCAGCUGGAUUUGUUGCUUAUACUUAAGCUAGCAGCCGUGAUAUUUUUGUUCAACCAAGAUGGAUCAAGACAGAGACUGGCUGUCCUUGUGUUCUUUGCUUUACUUGUCUAUUUAUACCAAACUGGAGCUCUCACACCGUUGGUAAGAUGGCUUUCACAAGGCAUGCACAGGGCAGCUGCGCCUCCUCAUCUACCUAGGCCUGCUGCCGGAGCAGAGAAUGUUCCUGCUGCUGGAAGGCAGGGCAAUGAUAAUGCUGCUUUGGCAGAGGGACAAGAAGGAACAGAGAAUGAGAACCAGCCGGCAGACGAUGGUAAUCAGGUGGUUGAGAAUGAGAAUGAGAAUGAGAAUGCGGCAGACCCUGGUUUAGGAAAUGGUGGUAAUCACUGGUGGGGAAUUGUUAAGGAAAUCCAGAUGAUUGUCUUCGGCUUCAUCACGUCCCUUCUUCCAGGCUUUAACAAUAUAGAUUAGAGAUCAUACUUUUAACAAAUGAAUCCAGGGGCAGGCAAAACUGUUUUCUUUUUUCAAGUUUACCUUUGAAAUAAAUGUAAAAAGAAAAAUGAAAAUGAUUUCUUUUACAGGUACUACUUAAUGCCUUUAGUGUUUAUAUCAGCAUUUACAUAGUAGAGCAGGGCAGUCAUUGCUUGGUUCUUGGUAAUUAUGCCUCUUUUGAAUAGUCUUCCGACAGGCCCUUCUGUUAUGGAAAGUUGAAAGGAGUUUGUUUGUAAACG